UUCCUGUUCGGUUAGUUUCACGAUGAUUUCCGCAAAUGUUAUUCCUUUAUUGGCCUUAGUCGUGGACUUUACGUUAUGCCUGUCGAUGGUUCAAGUGACCGUCGACCAGGGAGUCCUGAGAGGACGCGAGUUCGCAACGCACGGCAACCGGACGGUUUACGCCUUUCAAGGGGUCCCGUACGCUAAGCCGCCGUUGGGCGAUCACAGGUUCAAGGAGCCGGUGAUGGCGUCAAGCUGGAUCGGUGUGUACGACGCUACCGCUUUUUCGGACGUGUGCAUGCAGUACAGCCAUCCACACUACAAAUCUGCAGAACCGAUUGAAGGUUCUGAGGAUUGCCUUUAUUUGAACGUUUACACACCUGAGGUUCCCGACGUGCCUGGCGGAAGGUUGAGCACCAUCGUAAUGCUGCACGGGGGUGCGUUCACGUUCGGCUCAGGCAACUUUGUAGGGGCGGAGUUUUUGCUCGAUCACGAUGUCAUCCUCGUAACUGUCAAUUACAGGCUCGGGCCACUGGGUUUCCUGAGCACAGAAGACGACGUGGUUCCCGGAAACAUGGGCUUGAAAGAUCAAUUGCUGGCUCUGAAAUGGGUCCAUAGGAACAUACCGUCGUUCGGAGGUGACCCUACUCGUAUCACCUUAGCGGGCAUGUCAGCAGGGGCAGCCAGCGUCCACUAUCACCUCUUGUCACCAAAAAGUCGAGGUUAUUUCCAUCGUGCGAUUUCCAUGAGCGGCUCUGCUCUCUGUCCUUGGGCGCAGACUGAAAAUGCUAAGGAGAAAACAAAAAGAAUUGCGGGGAACCUCGGAUGUCCCACGACUGACUCCUACACAUUGAUCAAAUGUCUGAGAAAAAGACCUGCAAAAAAGAUCGUUUCUCAAGUGAAAGAAUUCAUGCCUUGGCUCUUCUAUCCUUUCACGCCAUUUGGUCCGACAGUAGAGCCACAAGUUCCGACUGCAUUUAUUGAUGAGCCUCCCGUCGACAUAAUUUUGAACCGAAAAGCCAACGACGUGCCUUGGCUAAUUAGUUUCGACAAAGAUGAAGGGCUCUACCCAGGAGCAGAUAUCAUGGGGGACGAGGAAGCGAUUAAAGAACUCCAUAACCGUUGGGACGAAGUUUUGCCCAGCCUCCUCGACUUUAAUUACACGGUAUCGAAAAGCAAACUUUCCCUAGUUAGCCAGAAAAUUAAAGAGCAUUAUUUCGGCGCCGAGGCAAUAAAAGGGAACUGGAAACAUUUUGUGAGGAUGAUCAGCGAUAGGAUGUACCUCGGCGGAAUCGACAAAUCUGCCAAAAUGCACGCCCAGUUUUACACGUCGCCUGUGUACGUUUAUCGGUUCAACUACAUCGGAAAGGGCCACAUCGCGAACAUAUUUAUGAAUUCUUCGAUAUACGAAGGUGCUGGACACGGAGACGAUCUGGGCUACACGUUGAAACUUUACUUGAUUCCCGGAUUCAUGGAUGCGGAACACCAACACAUGAUCCCAUUUAUGACUAACAUUUGGGCGAGCUUCGCCGACGCGAAGCCGACGCCGUGGGACUGGCCCGACGUGAAGACCAGUCUGCCAAAUCUGGUCGUGCUGAACAUCAACGGCAGCCUCCCGGAGAAGAACGAUCUCGCCACUUUUGACGAUCUGGGCGACGAACUGUUUUGGGCGACUCUCGGGAUGCUCGAAAACCAAGUCCACCGGCACACAGAACUGUAGAAACUUCGAAAAUAUAAACCUUACAUAAAAACGUACGUUAUGUAGAAAUCAAUAUGAACCCAUAUAUCAAUUCAACAUUAACACUUUUUAAAUAUGGAGUUACUAGAUUUCAACACAA